ACACUGAAAGAGCACAGUCAUUUUCCACUUGGUAAACAAAUAUUCCUCAAGCUGCAAAUCACAAGAUACACACACAGACGACAAACAGACUAUCAACAUGGCCCCCCGCUCCCAGCUCGAAAUUCACACGGCUUCCCUCGGCCGCCUAGUCAAGGAGGAAGCCUCCUACCACAGCGAGCUGAAAGAGCAGACGGAGCGCAUCAAGAAGCUGGAAGCCCAGACCGGGAAUGAUGACGAGAACAGAGAAUACACAUUGAACCAGGAGCGCAUGGCCCUCCAACAGACCCGGAAUGUCCUUCCUAGCUUGAAGCAGAAGAUUGAGGAGUCGAUUGCUACGCUUGAUGGUUUGUUGAUUGAGGAGGGCAAGAAGGGGCCGGAGAGCAAUGUCGAGCACAUCAAUGCGGCCAAGGAGGUGAUCUCCAAGGCGAGGACCGCCGAGCGAGAGAUCGCUUAGAUUGAGUGCUAGACGCAGAAUGUCUAGUUGAAACGUUGCUACCUAUGUCUACAUACCAUCACGGAACAUGAUCCUCGAAUCCGCCCUAAUGUCAUGUACUUGUGUACCAAAUGUGAUUCGAAUUGUAAUUUAAUAAAAAUAACCUGAUUUUCC